AAGGAUAUAUGUUGACAUACACUAAGCAACACAAGGACUUAGGAUAUUCUUACAAUGGGAUCUUAUCUGUUGCUAUGGGAACAAGAACUUCCUGUACAAAGUCCUGAGUCAUUCUUCAAUCGAGUUGUCUUUCAGCUCACUUUGUUGUCAGUGGCGACAGAUAGACAUGUGAACCACUAUGUUUGACAACAAAAAGAGAUUUUAGAAUGUAAAAUAUUAAAACAAAUUAAAUAAUAAUAGGCACAUUUUAGCCUAAACGUCCAAUUCUUUAUGCAAGUUUUUGGAUUGGUAAAUAGCUUAAUAGUUUCAGUCAAAAUAAGAAUUUGUCCUUCAAUCCUUAUCUGAGAAACCUAGAGUUACUAGGGAUAGAACCUUGUCAACUAAUACCAUUAAACAAACAGGGGCAAUUCUAACGUAAAAUGAAUAGUUUUUUACCCUUUUUUUCAUAGUGUUUCUGUAAGGGUCCCACAGGGAUUCAUUAGAAGCAUACAGCGAGACAUGUGAUCUCUUCAAUCACAUCAUCCGUCUCCAACACUGACUUGCUGUGACCAACCCUGCUGACAGAUACAACAGUUUAAAAUAGCUCAGGUCUGCUCUCGUCAGACCUUUGUUAACCGGUGACGGGCCAGGACCCGCCCCCCCUGGGGUGUGUGGACAAACACUGUGUCACGGCCGUUCUCCCUCUCUGCCGCCAUACUCCCACUCUACCUUCAUUUACACAAGAAGGAGGAAGAGAGAAUGCCAUGCGAGCGCGAUCAAUCGUGAGGAAUCCAAUGACCUUGUGACUCGCGUCAGACGGCAGACUCGCACGCCGUUCAGGAAAAACAAGUCGGUAGACAUUCUGUUGGUUUCCCUCCCUCCCUCGCUCUAUUCUCUGUCUUCCUCUUCUCAGUUGUUUCAGACACACGGGCCUGACAGCAGCUGGGGUCGUUUCGCUGCGUCCACGCCACUGCGUCCACACCACUGCGUCCACGCCACUGGUUCCACGCCACUGCGUCCACUCCACUGCGUCCACGCCACUGCGUCCACUCCACUGCGUUCACGCCACUGCGUCCACGCCACUGCGUCCACUCCACUGCGUCCACUCCACUGCGUCCACUCCACUCCACUGUGUCUGCGGCCCGGUCCUCGUUGGUCCUGCUCUGCCCUGGUGGCUGGUCCUGUCCUUUCCCGUCCCGUCAUGGAGGGCUCCCUGCCCUUCUCCGCGCUGAACGACAGGCUGAGGCCCCACAGCACCCUACAGCGCCUGUACGCCCCCCCCAGCAUCUGGGAGGACAGACAGACCCCCCGCCCCCUCAGGGAGGGCCCCUCGGGGGGGGGGGCCCGACCCACGCUGUACCAGGGGAGGCCCGACCCAGAGGAGUCUAACGCCAGGUCCGAAGAGCCCACCGAGGAGGACUCAGAGACGGGGAGCUUGGACUCGGACGGCGGGUCCUCUAUGAACGAAGACCAAGGGAACCGCUCGGACCUCCUGUCCCUCCUGACCCAGUGUCUGGACCCCGCCAUGAGGCUCACAGACACCGGCUCCGAGGGGCUCGAGGACCCGGCCGAGGGCCGGCCCGAUGCCAGCUCCCCCUCCUCCACGGAGAGGAGUUCCGAGGGCUCCUCCUCCCCCGCCCGGGAGACGGGACGGGGAGCGGACCCACGCGGAGCGGACCGGAGCCUACCGGACCUGAUCCGGGGGAGCGGGCGGCGGCUGAGCAGACGGCGGACGCUGGGGCCCGUCUCGGACACGCUGAAGGAGGUGCGGCGGGAGGUGGCUCUUUCCAGGAGCCGCAGCAUCCGUCUGAAGGCUCAGGUGGACAAGCUGCAGGAGGAGGGCCCCGGAUGGAGCCAGCACAGAGAGAGGGUGACGGAGGAGGUGCUGUCCAUCCUGAAGCUGCUCCGUCCUCUGAGCGACGCCAGGCUGGUGGAGCCCUCGUCCAGCGCCGACCGGCUGGACGCUGGGCUCAGCCAGCUGCAGCACGUCGCCCGCUCGCUGGCCCUCAGCCACGGCAACCAGUCAUAUGGAGUGGGGAAGAGGUCAGAGGACAUGGCCAUUCUGGAGCAAGCCCUCAGAGACAGAGACGAGGCUAUAGAGAAGAAGAAAGGAAUGGAGGCGGAGCUGCUUCGCAGUAAGUCAGAGAUGAUGUAUCUGAAUAACCAGCUUCUGGAAGCCGUGCAGAAACGACUGGAGCUCUCUCUGGAGCUGGAGGCGUGGAAGGAGGACCUCCAGUACAUCCUCAACCAGCAGCUGCAGCAGCAGCAGAGCCAGCAGGCGGAGGAGUCCCAGAAGAGGAGCCGCGGGGGGCUACUGAGGAGGACCAACCGGGUGCCGGUCCAGAGACCCGACCCCCCCGCCCCCGCCCCCGCCCCCAACCCGAGCCCCCCUCCUCCUCCUCCUCCUGCCCUCACCAAGGCCUUCCCCUCGGACGGCUUCAGCUCGCUGUCCCGCGCCUUCAAACACAGGUUCAGGAGGGGCAAGGUCCCUAGUCAAGGAGACCAGGAGCCGGCGGGCCCCGAUGUACAGCAGGCGUCAGCCACUGGUUUCCAGACUGUAUCGCUGGACUAAAACAGUCAGUCAAGAAUAUACUAAGAAGACAUUCACAAACACAGACAGUCACACACACACACAUUUUUAUGAAUGAUUAAUCAAUAAUUAUCGCUAAACCAUAUCCUAUAAGAUAUCUUUUUUUUGAUCUUUUAUUAUCUUUUAUAAUAAGUAGAUGCUUCAUAACUACCCCAAAGGAUUUGUUUUAUGUUAUAUUUGUUUGUCUGACGUAUUCAUCCAAAGUGCAUUUAACCAUGGUAUAACCUAAAAAGUGAAAGAAUGGUGACACAUAAAGCAUAAAUGAAGUGCU